AUUUCGCAAUACAAUAAACAGGUUUUAACCAGCUACGCCAUUCCUUUUAAGAAGGAUAACUUCUUGUAUAUUCCAGGGAAACCCUGGCAUCUGUUAGAGAUCAGUAUAAAUACGAAGUGCAUCAAGUAAUGCGACACUUUACCGAUUUUGUUAAGACAAAGAAUACGAAUGGAUAACAUUGAUGACGAUAAGAAGUUUUAUGAUUCAAACGCUGCUGUUAAAGGGGUCAUCGAACAUUUUCGAAGACUUCAGAAUUUUUGGGAAGAAAAGUCAAAAGGAGAAUACCGAAUCAUUUCAAAAGACGUACAAAUAGACACAUUUAACAGUGUCUAUAAGUUGCAUGGACCGAUAUAUGUACAUAUCAAAAGAAAUGUAACUGUUGAGACAAAAACAAUGCCAUUUAGCGAUGUACAUACACAGAAAAUGGGCUGUCGAGAGAAACAUGUUUCGGACGAGCAGCCAAAGAAAGAAGACCAACACAUUUCAAAAGACGUCCAAAUAGAUACAUUUAACACUGUCUAUUAUGUACAUGGACCGAUAUACGUACACAUCAACAGAAAGAGUUCCAAUUACUCAAGAACAUCGAUUCAGGCCCGACAACCACACGCCACCAGACAAAUAGAUGUUGUAGAUAACAAAUUUUUUCCAAAGCUUAAAACCUUUUGGGAAGAAAAGACCAAAGCAGAAGAACAUGGACGCAUUUCAAAAGAUGCACAGAUAGAUACAUUUAAUACUGUCUAUAAGUUAUAUGGUCCUAUAUACGUACAUAUUUUUCUAAACCUUAAAACCUUUCGGGAAGAAAAGAACAAUACAAAAGAACAUCGACACAUUUUAAAAGAUGUACAGAUUGAUACAUUUAAUACUGUCUAUACGUUACACGGUCCUAUAUACCUACAUAUUCACAGAAGACAAAUUGUCGAUACCAUGAUUGGAGCCGUCAAUGAAAAUUGUCCUAGUAGACAAACAGACACAUUUAAAAGUUUUCUCGCUGGAGCAGGUGUUUUAGGGGUUUGCUUUGCUCUGGUAAGAAUGUUAAUGCCACAUUCUGUAAACAUUCGUUUCAUCUAGCGACCCCUUUUAAAAAACAUAACCAACGAAACCAGACUUAAACAUGUUCGAACAUAUCAGACUAUAAACACGUAUAACGAUAUCAGCAUAACACAUGUUAAAAGAUACCAGUAUCAAACAUCUUCAAAUAUACCAGGACCAACAGGUUCAGUAAAUAUUUAUCAAAUGUUGUUUGAUAUAUAUUUGUAUAGCACUUGUAAUUGACAAGACAUUAUUAAUAAAACAAUUGAAAACGGCA